AACAAAAUCUUGAGCUGGCCUCUCUGCCUACUCUAAAACACACAACACACCCUUUCGCUGGUCCAAUCCAUCCAUCCAUCCAUCAAUCUCUCUCGACAAAAAGAAAACAAAUGGUUGAGCAAAAGAGAUUCGCUUUGUUUCUAGCGACGUGCGAUUCAACGUUUGUGAAGAAGACAUACGGAGGUUAUUUCAACGUGUUCGUCUCGACGUUCGGCGAAGAAGGAGAGCAAUGGGAUCUCUUCCGGGUGAUCGACGGCGAGUUUCCGGAGGAGAAGGAUCUGGACAAGUACGAUGGUUUCAUUAUCAGUGGUAGUCUCCAUGACGCUUUCGGAGAUGAUGAUUGGAUCAUUAAGCUUUGUUCGAUUUGUCAAAAACUGGACGACAUGAAGAAGAAGGUUUUAGGUAUCUGCUUUGGCCAUCAGAUACUAAAUAGAAUCAAAGGAGGAAAAAUCGGAAGAGCGAGAAGAGGUGCAGACAUGGGACUCAGAAGCAUAACAAUAGCUAAAGACUCGGUGAAACCUGGUGGUUACUUCGGAGACAAGACUCCAAAUUCACUAGCCAUCAUAAAAUGUCACCAAGACGAAGUUUGGGAACUCCCUGAGUCUGCUACGUUGCUUGCUUAUUCAGACAAAUACAACGUCGAGAUGGCCUCCUAUGGAGAUCACCUCCUCUCCAUCCAAGGCCAUCCUGAGUACAACAAAGAGAUUCUCUUCGAGAUCAUCAAUCGUGUCGUCGGUCUGAACUUGAUGGAGCAAGAUCUUGCGGAUAAGGCCAAAGCAACGAUGGAAGACGCCGAACCAGAUAGGAAACAGUGGCAGACUCUCUGCAAAAACUUUCUGAAAGGAAAAACCGAUCAAAUUUAA